AACAGUACUAGCCAAAAAAGUGAUGAUGAUUAUGAAGAUUAUACUACCAACAAAACCUGGGUGUUGACUCCCAAAGUCCAUGAGAGUGAUGUUACCCUUAUUUUAAAUGGCCUGCUCGAAGGGUAUGACAACAAACUGAGGCCAGAUAUAGGAGUGCAACCAACAGUAAUUCACACUGAUAUGUAUGUCAAUAGCAUUGGCCCAGUGAAUGCUAUCAAUAUGGAAUAUACAAUUGACAUAUUUUUUGCCCAAACCUGGUAUGAUAGACGACUAAGAUUCAACAGCACCAUAAAAGUUCUGAGGUUGAAUAGCAACAUGGUGGGGAAGAUCUGGAUUCCUGAUACAUUCUUUCGAAAUUCAAAAAAAGCAGAUGCACACUGGAUAACAACACCCAAUCGAAUGCUCAGGAUCUGGAAUGACGGCAGGGUUCUCUACACCCUCAGACUGACAAUAGAUGCAGAGUGUCAAUUACAGUUACACAAUUUCCCAAUGGAUGAACACUCUUGUCCCCUGGCAUUUUCAAGCUAUGGCUACCCAAAGGAAGAAAUAAUCUAUAUGUGGAAACGCAGUUCAGUGGAAGUGGGAGAUACUAGAUCCUGGAGGCUCUAUCAGUUCUCAUUUAUUGGACUUAGAAAUACAACUGAAGUGGUUCCAACAACAUCAGGAGAUUAUGUGGUGAUGGCGGUCUAUUUUGAUUUAAGCAGAAGGAUGGGCUAUUUCACCAUUCAAACCUAUAUCCCCUGCACGCUCAUUGUAGUGCUCUCCUGGGUUUCUUUCUGGAUUAAUAAGGAUGCUGUACCAGCCAGAACAUCUUUGGGUAUUACAACUGUCCUGACAAUGACCACUCUCAGUACCAUUGCUCGCAAAUCUCUUCCCAAAGUCUCUUAUGUGACAGCAAUGGAUCUCUUUGUAUCAGUUUGCUUCAUCUUUGUUUUUUCUGCACUGGUGGAGUAUGGGACUCUUCAUUAUUUUGUUAGUAACAGAAAGCCAAGCAAGGAUAAAGACAAAAAGAAGAAAAAUCCUGUAUGUAUUUUAUUUGCACAUGUUACAAAUGCACCAACCAUUGAUAUCCGUCCAAGGUCAGCAACGAUUCAAAUGAACAAUGCGACACACCUCCAAGAGCGGGAUGAAGAGUAUGGCUAUGAGUGUCUUGAUGGCAAGGACUGUGCAAGUUUUUUCUGCUGCUUUGAGGAUUGCCGAACAGGAGCUUGGCGGCAUGGAAGGAUACAUAUUCGCAUUGCCAAAAUGGACUCCUAUGCCCGCAUAUUCUUCCCCACGGCCUUCUGUUUGUUUAAUCUGGUCUACUGGGUAUCUUACCUUUACCUUUAA